GCGACAUAUAGACGUUCGUUUCAGUUGUAAGUAGAACUUAACUUUCUUUGAAAUAGACGCUUCACGUGCACCGAGUCGAGCAGUCCUGAGAAGCCACAUUGACCAGAUCAUCCAGCAAGCAACAAGUACUAGCUUUGCAGUUUUCUUCGUGCGACAUGGCAUUACCAUUGGACCGGGGGCAUACCCUUCUACUCAGCAGCUUGGGGAAGUCAAAUACCACCAAAACUCCAUUGCCGACCAUCCAGGCCCUCAUCGUCCACUACCUAGCCAAUGUUCAUCCUUCUCCAACACCUCUGGCUGCCACUAUUGUUAGCAGCCCCAUCUUCCUUCCGUUUUCGCAUUCAAAGUUAGAACUUCUCAGUACAUCCUUAAGACAUGCAGUACACUCUAAACUACAGGCGCUGAAAGCGGACUCAAGCGGACUAUUUUCUCCGAGCUUAGAUACUCAGCUCAACGUCUGGUCCCUUGCUAUCCUUCAAGGUCUCGAAGGUGGACAUGCCAUCAUACGAUUAGCCUGCUGUAGUGGACUCCUUCUUGGCCUUGAGGAUAUCCUGCAACAUUUGCCAGCGAAGAAGCGAGACGUGAAGGGUAUAGCCGAAGAUGAACUGGUUAUGACGUUUGCGGACGUCAUUGACCAGUUCUCGACGUCCGAUUCAUGGGGGAAAGAAUUUCAUUCUGCUGCUGAAUCAGCCGAUGCCCUUGCAUUGUCACUCAUCAUAGCUUCUCAGUCCCUUCUCUUGGUGCCCUCCGAGAAAUUUACUGCACUCCCCCUUUCACACCUACUAAGAUUGAUUAUGCAUACCAUUGAGGAUACGUUUAAUGGCGGAAGGUUCCUAUCUUCCCUCCAGUCUUCUUUAUGUUCUAAGCCAGAAUUCGCUAUUCACAUUCCCCCAGACAGUUCAAUUUCAGAAUCCAUCAAGAAAUCAUUAAAUUCAACUGCGAUGGCUUACAUCGGUUCAAUAUCGAAGUUGUGCGCUAGAACCGUGUCGCUCUUUGUAGACCAUAGGCCAAAUGUGGCACUGCCCCUGGUCUCGGAAGCAUACCAGAAACUCAACUCUAUUACUGCCCACGUUGAAACCGACUGGUUUCCGACUCCACUAUCUGGCAUUACAGACCAGAACUCGUUGUCACCAGACGCCAGGGAUGUUACAGCCGCCAUAUGGACGACUUUGAAAACACUCCUAUUCAGCGUGAUUAUGAUCACAGAAGCAGGUCUCUCUGCUCUUGUCUAUAUCCCUUCCACCUCCGUGGUUCUACCGUCGACUUCGAUGCUUGCGGUAACUGUCCUGCAAACGCUCUCACACUUGUCAUUUGUUAUCACGCAGUUUGGUGGUGCAGGUCACGGUGCUUUCAAUGAGCUAAAGAGGUUAUUUUACCUUGCACUCGACGUUCUCGGAAAUGAUGUAACUGAGAGCGACAAAUACGUUCGAGAUCUCUGUGUCGUUGAAUCGGGUCAGCAGCCACUUCUGGCUCAUCCUUUCUAUCAAGCGAAAGAGGCCUUUGCGCUUUCAGCAAUCGAGCAACUUGUUCCUGUGCUGAGCGAAUUGACGAUUCAGGAGCUCGUAUUUCCUACGUGUCUUCCGCACCUGUCUGACGCUAGUCACCGCGAGACGUUCGAAUCCGCGCACAGUGUCGUCCUCGCCAUCUUCGCUUCGCAUGCGCAGAAGACUAGGGAAUCGACUUCGCAACAGGGGAGCGGGUUCACGAAGAAAAUCGUGCCAUUUUAUGCCAACUGUUUAAUAGAUAAUUCAGCGCAGGGCAGACUCAGCUCAUUGCAACUUCGGCUAGCCUUUGCUGCUCUCGUUCGGAGUGCAGCAUCUGCUGCCGAUCUGUCUCUUGCGUGGUUUUGCAUCGACUGCCUUCUGACUGCUGUUGCAUCCACUUCCGAGCAUGACGGCGAGCGUGAACAUCGGCUUCACCUUACUCUUAUCUCGUGCGUGCCAUCGGUACCGCUGGCCUUGCUCCCACGCUUGCUAGAUCCCAUCCGUUCUGUUAUCGAAGCAGCUCACGAGGAACAGAGGAAGACGGAGCUGAUUGACGCGCUCUUUGCGGAGAUAAAAGAGCGCGUUGGUGACAGAGAGAAGGGAUAUAUGGUGCGAUGGUGGGGAGAGCAGCGAAUAAAGUGGGCUCAUACUGGACCUGGUUGUGAGGAACUCGAAAGGGAUCAUAAUUUGGACGCUGAGGUGACGUUGACAGCACGGGUGUGAUAUGCUCCCCCGAUUACGUGCGCAAAACUGCCCUUCUGUACGCAGGGACUUGCGUUGAGAUUACUCGGGUGACAACGGGCUUGGGAUGUCGUACAUAACAUGUACCUCUGGCCUCCGUGUCAAGGCACAUGGAAUCGAGGGUUGUAAUGCGCCAGCAUACCACCCAUACAUUUAGUACCUAUGACUCAUUCAAUUGUUUGCUGUACUGACACACCUCACUUGAAAGUCUAUAUUGAUCCGCCACAAAUGAUAUAUAGGCGCCCAAUCAUCGAAAUAGCUCGGCCGCGCGAAGUUAUCAU